AUGGAUAGCCCUACUGAUGUAUUCAUCGCUGUGAUGGGUGUGACAGGGGCCGGCAAAAGUACGUUCAUCUCGAAGUGUUGUAAGAAAAGGAUAGCCAUUGGACAUAAUUUACAGGCCUGCACAAGCACUGUCGAUGUCUACCCUUGCAAGAUAAGCGGAUCAACUACUGUCUACCUAGUCGAUACACCUGGGUUUGACGACACGAAUCGAAGCGAUACCGAAGUCCUCAGGGAGAUUGCAACCUGGCUUACAGACUCAUACGCCGCGGAGGUCAAGCUGAAUGGAAUCAUAUACUUGCAUAGGAUCAGUGAUGUUCGGAUGCAAGGGUCGGCAAAGAAGAACCUUUUCAUGUUCAAGAAACUUUGCGGGCCUAACGCGCUCAAGAACGUCAUCCUCGCCACUACUAUGUGGGAUAGCGUCCGUGAGGCUGAUGGAGCGGCCCGUGAGAGCGAGCUCAUAUCGACGCCUGGCUUCUGGGGAUGGAUGGUGAGCCAAGGGAGUAAAGUCUACAGGCAUUCAGGCAGCACGAGAUCAGCGUUCGGACUGAUCCAAACUCUCAUGCAAGAUAAUGCCCGCAUCACUCUUGACUUGCAACAGCAAAUGGUGAACGAGAAGAAGGAUUUGGACGAUACAGAUGCAGGAAAAGAAGUCCAGGCAGAGAUCAUCAAAGAGCGUAAAAAGUUUGAGAAGAUGUUUGCUGAGGUACAACAACAGAAAGAAGAAGCUCUCUAUGAUCAAGAUAAGGAGUCAGCCCGAGCAAUGGCAGAGCUGCAAGAAGAAUACAAUUACCGGAUCGCGCAGCUCGAGAACUCUUCUAAGAACCUGAAGACCAAUAUGGAAAGACUACUCAAAGACAAAUAUCAGAAAUUAGAAGCGAAGAUGAAGGAGCAAGAGGCCCGGCAUGAAAAGGAAGUCCGACGUCUAGAGCGAGAGCGUCAACGGCAGGAGUCCAAACUUAUCCGUGAGAAAGAGGUCGCUAGAAAACAGACGAAAGAGGCCAGACAUCGCGAGAGAGAGGUUCUAGAAGGGCUGCAAAGGCUUCAAAUCAAGAACACUCGUCACGACUGA